AUGUGUUUGUGUGGUGUGACUAAUGUUAAUGCCGGAAACGCAUUCAAUUUAAGCAGAGAUGUCCCUUUAUCAGUGGCGUCAUACUACGGUGAUCACAUGGUUCUACAGAAAGCACCUGCCGCAGCUAGUUUAUGGGGAUACUCUUCCAAUAUCGGUGACGUUAUCCUGGUUAAACUCAUAAACACCCAAGAAAUUCAACAAGAACAGGGAAUAGUAUGGAUGGGACCAGAAGGUAAAGGUGUGUGGAGCGUGUUGCUGCCACCGAAUGAAGCUGGUGGUCCUUAUUCUAUCAAUAUUUCUAACAGUUUUGGAAACAUGAUCACAAUUAAUGAUGUACUCUUUGGUGAUGUGUGGAUCUGUUCAGGUCAAAGUAAUAUGCAGUUUACUCUUCCUAUGGCCUUCAACUCAUCUGAAGAAAUAGCUGAAUCUUCUUACUAUCCUGAUAUAAGAUUGUUUACCGUAGCUAUGGAAACAGCCCAUGAACCACAGUACGAUUUUAUAAGUGUAGAGCAACCUUGGUCAGUAGCAUCGCCACGAAGUGUGGGAAAUGGUAAUUGGACAUAUUUCUCUGCUGUUUGUUGGUUAUAUGGUAAAUAUCUAUACCAGAAACUCAAAUAUCCUAUUGGUCUGGUUGCAUCAGAUUGGGGAGGAACUGCUAUUGAAACAUGGUCUUCCCCAGAUGCUCUAGAAAGAUGUGGAAUAUCCGAAAAACCGAAGACAAGUGACGUUCCGUGGCCUACAGCAUAUUCUGUACUUUGGAAUGCGAUGAUGCAUCCGUUUUUAAACUACACGAUAUAUGGAGUAAUAUGGUAUCAAGGGGAAGCCAAUGCUGGGAAUCCUUUGGGUUAUAACUGUAGUUUUCCUGCUAUGAUUGAUGAUUGGAGAGUGAAGUUCAGUGAAAGCAACCCCCAGACCUCAAGUUCAUUCCCUUUUGGAUUCGUUCAGUUAGCAGCCAACAGAAACGACCCUUCUAUUUCUACUGGCUACCCAGGGAUCAGGUGGUCUCAAACAACUGGCUACGGGUCAGUGCCGAAUCCACGUCAGAAAAAUGUUUUCAUGGCAGUUGCUAUGGAUCUGCCGGAUUAUACUUCUCCUUUUUAUAGCGUUCACCCGAGAGACAAAGAGACAGUGGCUAGCCGUUUAGCGUUAUCCGGACUUGCUGUUGCUUAUGGGAAAGCAGAAAAAUACCAGGGUCCAUUUCCUUCUCAUGUGAUCUUUUCCCGACUUAACAAUCAGUUAUCUAUUAUUUAUGAUAUGGGACAAGCGAAUCUACUCAUAAAAUCUCAAAAUGGCUUCGAGUUCUGUUGUAGUUUAUCAUUGGCUGUUUGUGAUCUGCCAUCGCUGACGUCAUGGUAUGCUGUUACAACCAUGACAAGUACAUCGACAACGGUGACACUAGAAGUACCAACAUCUUGUAAUAAUAAAACUGUUCAAGUUGUAAGAUAUGCUUGGAGAGAAUCACCCUGUCCAUAUAAACAAUGUGCUGUUUAUGGUUCAGUCAAUGAAUUACCUGGGCCACCUUUUCAAAUAUCUCUUAUUUAAUACUGGCUAGCUUGCAAUUAGACAUAAACAUGAAUAUAACUUCAUUUAU